CCGUGUGGGAACGUUGAUGGGUUCGGUAGGGCAAUAAGCAUGGCGCUGGCUGACCCGAGCCCAAGUUACCGGGCGAACUUAAAGAGGCGCAAAAAUGGGCAGGUGGAGCGUGGGAGCGCGAGGGAGAGAGGGAGGAGAUACAUACCAGCUUGGAAGAGGAUCCGCCAAAGGGACAGAAUGGGGGCGGACAGUGAAUUGGUCGUGGUGGUGGUGGUGGUGAAGAAGAAACGCGACGUGGAUGGGGGCUGA